GAAAAAAAGGUGAGUCACUCGGCCGCGUCGCGUGUGUGUAUACCUGCGCAGGUUGCCCGGUGAGCGGCGGCGGCGGCGGCAGGGAACACCCGCCGCCCAGUGGGGGAGUACCGAGUGUUGUAGCGGUCGUGUACUAUACGCACGCGAAACACAUUCCUCCGCACGACUGCUACGCCGCCGCCGCACGACGAUACGUAUUUAUAGUAUUUUUACAAUAAUAUUAUGGUUCGGCGGACCUUUGACGGGUUCCAUCCGACCUCGGGUUACCUCAACGGAAUCGCGAUUUUGCUGCCGCCGCCGCCUCCGUCACCGUCGUCAACAACGAUCGUCGUACCGCUUUAGGUGAGCGUCGAUUUUAAUAAUAUAUUAAUAGUCCACUGCAGCCAUGCCGGGCUUGUCGCUAAGGAAGCCGUGCGGCGAGAAGGAGUGCCCCGAGUACCACAUGUGCCAGGCCCACGAUCUCCAGUGCUACCCGUGCCAUUCGUACUGCAACGAGACUUCGCACAACUUUGACGUCAAAAUAUGCCAAGAACAGUGUCAAGAUUACAUACAUGACUACGUGAAGCAUUACGUCAAGGAUAGUAACAUCCAAGAUGUGCUACAAGAGUUGGAGAGCCUGAAAUCGUUGAUAAUUUGGUUGACGUUGCUGGUGGUCGUUGCUAUCGCCUUGAUGUCCAUCAUGUUAGCAUUCGUUUGGAAACGCGAGAGAAAAAUGCCGAAGCUCAAGAACGGAGGCAAAGAUUCAUAUUUCAAAAAAAAAUUGGCUUUCUUAAAGUUCAGGAACAACACGGUUAGCACGGUGAGCGAAACCGUGGACAACAAGCCGUGGACAGUGACGGCGGCGGCGACGAACAUGAUGGCCGCGCACACGACUCCGGACGCCCCCGCGAAGACGUCGUCGGCGGGCUCGUCGUCCGGCAAUCGUACGAGCCGCACGACCGUCUCAUCGUCGUCGACAUCGUCCACCGACAAGCUGCCCUGCGAAGACGCCACGCUCGUGACACAGGAGUUCACCGGUUACGACAAUCUGGGCCUGUGCAAAGUGUCGCCGGUGCUGUGCAACAAACCGACGGCGACGAUGAAGAUGUACGGCGCGACGGACGGGGACCUGCUCCACCGGUACUCGCCCUAGUAGCCGCCCCGUAACCACCGGUCAACCCGCGGGGAUGACUCGCCGUCGCCGGAUACGACGUGCCGGAUGUAGUAGGGGAUGUUCGACGGAGACGCGAACGGCGAGCCGGAAGGAACGACCGCCGCAGCAGACGACGUGCGGCGGCGGGCGAAGGAAAAACGAUAAAUGCCGCCGCAGGGUACACCUACCUAUAUAGCUAUAUACUUGUCCACCGAUAUUAUUGCUGUUACCAGCCAAAGGUUUGUAGGCAAUAUCCGUUUUUUUUUGUUGUUUUUUUAGAUUAUAACGUGGAUAUUGUCUACGAUCCUCGACCGACGGCCACCUGUUGUUUCGAUCUGCUCCGCGAAUUCGAUAUUUCGGCGCAUCGUUCCGCGGAAACUCGGUGAAACGCGCGACCCUAUUACUUUAUAAUAUCGUUUUGGAGCACAAAUGCUGUUUUUUUACACGACUUAGACCUUUGUGAGUGACGCAAUAACGUAGUAGUAGAAGUAGUAGGAAUAUACCACUAAUUUAAGCGAUUCGAAAACCGUUCCGCGAACGUUAGCUUAAGUUUAAAAGUUGGAUCGAGUACAUUUUGAAAAUCUCGUUUUAUGUACAUUAUUAUCAAUACAAGACUUUGUCGUGGGUAGUAUGCAAGUUCGCGACACGUAACGCAUUAUCACACACGCACACACACCCACGUGGGGUGUAACGCGUAAAUUGUAGUUUUUUUCGUUUCUCUAUUUGUAUCUUUGUAUUAUUAUAUUUUUUUAAUUACUGCGCACAGUAUUAUUCUAUUGACGACUCGCAUAUCGCGGUCCAAGUACUUAAAUCUUGUUGUUGUUAUUAUUAUCAUUAUUAUUGUUUUUCUUUCUUUUGUUUUAAUAAUGCAAUAAGUAUAUACUAUUUUGUAUAUAACCUCUUAUAUGUAUUAUGUAACUUUGUUGAUACUUAUAAGAGUUAGGGUAAUGUUGUAUUGUAUACAAGUUUAAAAGCGUGUUGUACGCGCGUUAUAACAAUUAUUAUAUUAUAAGUAUUAGGUUUAGUGAGCUAUGAGGAGGAUGAAAUAAACCUUUGAUCAGUGAACCCCGUCCAAUAACUUUAAUAGUUUUUAGAUAAUUUUACGUCAAGCGCUCGUCCACGUCUAUACGUAUAUUAUAUAUUAUGUAUGUGUAUGUAUAGAUGCGCUGUCGGCGUAAAAUUGUAGGUUGUCGGCAAACUCUGUUCGUUUGACGUUGUACAUAAUAUAAACUUUUUUUUUUUAUAUAUAAUUUUAUAUAAAAUAUUAUUAUUAUUUAUAUUAUAUAAUAGUAUCAUUUUGUCUUAAAGUAGUACAAUGUACCCUAGCCAUUUAUAGAACGUUUUAUUGUUUGUUUAAACUUCGUGAGACUUAACAAUUUUAAAUGUAUAAUUGUAUAGUUUUCAUGGCACGAAUAAUGCGUAACAUAAUGAUAUGUCAUUACUCAUUAGUUAGAUAUUAUAUUAAUAUUAUAUAGAUUUUUAUAUAGUGACUAGUUACUAGUACUUAGUUGUUAAUAUACAUAGGUAGUAGUUAAGUUAAUUUAUCGUUCAUGUAAACCUUCAUAUUAUUAUAGAACCGAGACAAUCAUAUCAUAUUACUUAGGAAGGUAUUUAAUUAUUAGGUAUGAAUAUUAUAUUAUACUUAGUAAUAUAUCGUCGUACCUAGAUGCCUACAUAAUAUAUUAUGUACUUAGAUAAUAUUAGAUUAAAAAAAAAAGUUGAUUAGAAUUUCUAGAUAAAUAGGCACAAUACAUAUUAUAUUAUUUUAACGUUGUUAUUCACGUACAACGGUUUACUCUUAUCGUGAAAAGUGUAUCAAAAAGCAAUAUUUAUAUUUAAGUACCUAUCUGUAUUUAAUAUUAUCGUAUUCUUUUAAAACGACACCUAAGUCGAAGGCUUGGUGUCUAUUUUUCACCUCAUAUGUAUAAUAUUAUAAGUAUAUAAUUUUCAUAAAAAAAUAUUGUUGUAUUACGACAGAACAAUCUGUUCCUAUUUAUUUCAUUUUUGUACGAAAAAAAUUAUCAUGUGAUAAAAAAAAAUUAUGAUCAUGUUGCAUAUUAUUUAUAAAUACAUUUUUAUACGUA